AGCUAAUGAAAGCAGCAAAUAAAUAAACCUUCUUUCAGAAAACGAGAACAUCUAGUACGACUCACGCAAUAGCACUCUGUUUUGGAAUUGUAAAUAAGCGAUAUUGAACGCUACGACCAGGACACAAGCAGUUAUGACCAGGACAGGGUGGAGUUUUCUGCAAUAUCAAUCUAAUAGCAAUCUAGCAACGUUAGGUUCUACUUGUCCUGAUCGUCGCCCAUUCUAAACGAGUCAACAGGAUACAGUCAGUCAAAGAACUGCUGAUCGAUGAACGUGUGAAAGAGUACCGAAAGCUCUUGAUGCCCAUCCGAACUCAACAGUUAAGCAAACAAACAAUAAUUUACUAUGUAUCUUCAGCUCUGCCAAAAGUGCAUCUUUUAGAGUAAUUACAAAUCAAAUCAAAACCAAAGGAAUACCAUUAGUAGAAAAAGCCGGGCGCUAUGAACAGCACAAACUAAUAAUGAAUCUAACUGAUGCUGUGUUGAAGUAAAUGGCCGAAUAGAUGAGUAUAUUUCACUUCAUAUUUAUCCUUGCACAUAACUAGUGGAACCAACACAAAUAUCGAAAUAUGGAAGCAAGUAACCAAACAAUAAAAGAUGUACAUACAUUGCUCUUAUGAUUGAUUUAAUAUAUCUUAAGACACCCAAUGCAGCUAGUCCGCACGCUACGAGCGAAAUGCGAGAGAUCCAAACUUAACAAAUGAUCAGCAGUAGGUCCACCCUACUGCAUUAACGCGAAGGCAAGAGUUAAAUAGAACAAAAAAAGCAAAAUGAAACACAAGUCAGUUGAACUAAAUAAAGAUAGUUCACAUAAAGUUUAGUGAUUUUUCAAAUGCCAGCUAGGUUAUGUCAAAUUCAAGGAAGCCAGGAAUAUGUGGCUUGGCUUUUGGUGAAAACUGUUACUGCAAAAUGAUAAGGACAGAAACACAUGUAGCAGCAGCGAUUCACAAAAACUAAACAAACAACUAACGACACCAAUCGUAGCAAUUGAAGUGUUCGGAUGGAUAGUCAGUGCCGGACAGCGGAGAGCAGAGACAUCGGUAAAAGAUUUGGCAUAAUGUGAAACACAAUACACAAUAUUCCGUACAAGCCUUUCUAGAUCAUUAACUUUAUUCUAGUUUGUACCACUAUCUCAAGGUCAAACUGCAAACGCAACUAGUUAGCUUUCUUUAGAUAGUGCUAGUUUCGGAGUUUUUCGGUUGCGUGACCGCUGUGAUUCGCCGACACACACUUUUGCCAUCUCCUUUAGUAGGGAAAACUUGCAUUGCAGGGAAUCUUGCAUUUGUUAUUACUUUCGGUCUGCUGCUGACUACAAUGACUAAACACAAAGCCCUGUUCUCUCAAGCACGCUAAAAGCCAUGGGAAGGUAAUUGAUCUUAACAAGCCGAAAUAAUAACGAUACCAAUAAAACACUUAGAAAGCAGCAAAAGCUAACAAAGUAUAACUUCGAACUAAAUGAAAAGCUAGUUACAUACUAUUUCAAAUUUUAUAAUCAAUCCAAAAUGUAACAAAGUUUAAUUCUAUGCAAAUGUGUAAUACAGAACAUUUAAAAAUUGUGAUAACGAAAGAAACCGAAUGAAACACUACAAACACUUGCUUGUAUAUCAUAAUAUAAAAUUUACUAGGCUAUGCGCACCACGAGAGAAAGGGCUAGGAGCGAAAAGAAUUUGGCGUAGAAUCAGUUACCGGGGUAAGCUACCGAAUCUUCACUUAUUAUUAAUUUAAUUCAGCUUCUCUCAGUACCCGUUUCAAUCGACGUAUCUUUUUUAAUGUUUUUAAAAUGGGAUACAAUUCAACGAAAAAGAAGAGUACUUUAGAAAAACUGAGAACGGGUGGUACACCUAAUAUUUGUUCAAAAUAUUGGCUCAAUAUAGUAAACAAUAAGUAGCUUAACUGCUAAAGCUUGCGAAUAUUCUUCGAAUGAAAUUCGUAAUUUAAGGCAAUCUAGCUUAGUAAUAACAGCAUUUAAGCUGAAAAACGAUUGUCAAACCGUAUGGAAUAUGCCUUUCUAGUUUUUUUUUUGUUUUUGAAUUUACAUAUAACGGAGUGUGAUUUUAAGAACUCUCGCUAUCACUUUUGUUUCGCUGUUGAUCACCGUUCAUCGGUUUUAACAUACCCUAUAAGCAUUGGCUAGAGAAGAGGAAGAAGCUGGAGGAACAACAAAUUGAUGUCGAUGAAGAUCGUGAUCGUUUGAUGAAGAUGCUUCGUUUGAUGAAGAUGCUUUGCAAUGAACGAAUAUUUGCAUAGGAAGAAAAACCUAAAAAUGCCAAGCGAUCAAAAACGAACUAAAAUAAAUAAAUCUUAAUGAUGACUAGUGAAAACAACCAGCCAGGAUCAAGCUAGGAUAUAUCUAUAUAUAUCGGACAAAGUAUAUACAUUUCAGACCUAGGAAGUUUCUUCUUGAAUCCAAGUUUUCUAAGUUACAAAAACGAUUUAGACUAUUACAAUUAUGACAUCCUAUUACUGCUUUAAACUUGUUGAAAAAAUAAAAAAAAAUCAC